UGGGAGGCAGAAAGCCCAGAGCUGACUCACUUUAGGAUUGGUCUGCUUCUAACUUACAGCAGUGGUUCUGUCUGCUGUGUUGUCUGCAUGCAGCAGGCACUGAGCUGAAGAGUUCACUUCAAGCAGCCAGCUGACAGUCACAAAGGAGAAGCUUUAGAACAAAAAAAUGGAUUUGGAGUCUGGGGAACUGAGUGAGGGAGAUCUCUCCUCAGGGGGAACAGAAUCGUUUAACUCCAAAAGCUUGGCCUUGCAAGCUCAGAAGAAGAUUCUCAGCAAAAUGGCCACCAAGGCAGUGGCCAACAUGCUCAUUGAUGACACAAGUAGUGACAUCCUGGACGAGCUGUACAAAGUAACCAGAGAUUACACAAAUGACAAGAAAGAAGCCCACAAAGUCUUGAAGGAUUUGAUCAAGAUUGCUUUAAAAAUUGGGAUCCUCUACAGGAAUAACCAGUUUAACCAGGACGAAGUGGAGACUGUGGAUAAGUUCAAGAAGAAAUUAAAUCAGGCGGCCAUGACGGCAGUCAGUUUCUAUGAGGUUGAGUUUACGUUUGACAGAAACGUUCUGGCGGAGCUGCUGAACGAAUGUAAAGAUUUGCUGCACGAACUGAUUGAGCGUCACCUCACUCCCAAAUCCCACGGACGCAUCGAUCACGUCUUCAGACUCUUUGCAGACGUGGAGUUUCUGUCUGAUCUGUACAACCCUGAGGGAGUUUACAAAGAGUACCUGCAGAAAAUCUGUGAGGGUGUCAACAAACUGCUGGAUGAAGGGAUCCUCUGAACUUUAUGGCUCCAAAAAAAUUACAAGUAAACAUUUAACUCCCUGCUGAUCUUCAAGGAACAGUCUUACCAUCGUUGAAGGGUUUGAUGGUCUAUUCCUAUUGUUUGUACUGAGUGCUGCAGAGAAUCCUUUUCUCCAAAUGUUAUACUGUAGGUGUAUGCAUUUAAAAACAAACCAGUUUGUGAAUCAAUUUUGUUGCUUUGGAGGAGGAGUAAAUUAUCUGCUGUGACCAUGCAUGAAGAGCUUUUUGUAAAAACUUAAAUUACAAUCACAAAUUAAGGGAUGACUAUAAUACUGCCUAUUUCAGAAGUUAAAGUAUUUUCCAGCACCUCAAUCCAAGUAACAAUUCUACUAUAGUUGGAAAAUGUAUUAUAGAAAUUCAGAAGAUUGAGCUAAACCCAUAAAAUUUUGCUCUAACACUACUGAAAAUGUAAGAAUUUAGGCCAAACUUUAGGGUUUUUUUUAAAAAAAGAGAAUCAAAAUAACUUACAGCUUAGAAGGCCAUUCAGCCCAUUAUACCUGUGCCAGUUCUCUGAAACAGCCAUCCUCAUUGUGCCAUUUCUCCUGCAGUUUUCCUUCUCAGAUUUUUAUGCUCAGAUAUUUAUCCAGUUGCCUUUUAAAAGCUGUAAUUAGAGUGUGCUUCUGCCACUUCCUGCUAAAUGCCCUAUAAUCCUCCACUUAAAAAAAAAUCACCAAUGAACAAGCUGAAAGAGAAAUAGACUAUUUUCUAACACAAAGUCCGAUGAUGCAUGGCUCAAAACCCAGAGUAACAGUAAUAAUGCCACUCAUCACAAAUGUGAAGAAUUUCAUAGGAAUUGUCACCUGUCAAGUAAACAGGAGCAGCACCAUCGCCUGUUUAACUAAUUUUUUCUUCAUUUAAGCUAAAAUAUGAUCUCCAGAGCUGGUGAAGUACAGCCACUUUUCUACAGAGUGCGGAUGGCAGAGGGAGCCCUAGUCUGUCAGUCGGUGCCCUUCAUUAUGGAAACAAGCCUGGCUCCCUUUCCCCGCAACACC